CUCUACGAGAUAUUGGGCCGGCCCAACAAUGAAAAAGAUAUGCUCCAGUACGUCUUGUUUGGACUCAGACCUAGAAGCCCAUCGCUCCGUUCGAUUCACUCCGUUGCAAGGAAAUCAACGACGGGAAUUGGAAAUCAGCCUACCGGAAAGUGAGAUGCGGAAGGCGCUGAGAAUCUACGGCGAGGUCCUCAGGCUGGUGAGGCGGCUGCCUAAGGAUACAAGGCCGUACUACGCCAAAUACGCCCGUGAAAACUUCGUCAACUACCGAGAACUGGACGCCAAUGACGACACGUCGCCCGAUGAGCUCUUCCAUCGAGCCUACAAUCACUCCCUCUGGGUCCUCAACAAGUACUCGGUGGAGGAGUCGGCAGCUAACAAGUUGAAGGAGAUUUGUUCCGGGUGAAAGCAGAAUUGAAUUGGCCCGUGCGCGCCAGGUGUUUGUUGUUAUGCCAGAACGAAUAUGCUACUAUGCUUCCUUUCUUUCUUUCAUUUUUUUCUGUAUUUUGCUCCUUCAGCCCAUUUGGGUAUUUGGAUUCGGAGUUGAUUUUGGGAGCUGGAUCAUCAAAAGACGUAGAUGUGGGGAGUAAUGGUGUUCUAUGUUGGUUCAUAAGCUAGAGCAGAGCCUUAAUUCUUCUACCUUCAUUUGAGAGAAGGGUAAUCUAUCUGUUCCGAGGUGCUGAGUUAAAAAACAUUAAGGAGCUUGCACGCCAAUAAAGUCUUCUACCUUCUCUCGUCAUAUUUUGUUCCGGUUGACAAUUGUAGGGAAAAAUUCUUCAGUACAGCAAUGGUGAGGAGAGAAUCGGUUUGCAGCUACUGCUAGCUAGCUGCAGAACUCAGGAAGACAUGUGCACAGUGCAAUGCUUUUGCUAACUGGGUAACUGGUGUCCUGCAAUAGCGAACUGCAGGCAUGAGGACAGACUCUAGUUGAUGCAUAGCUAAUAGCUUAACUCCUCCAAGGAAAAUCAGUAAAAAAAAAAGGAUCUAAAAGUGUCCUCCUUUUUGAAUGCAUGAAAGGAAUUCACCUGCCAUGGCUACAGUCUUCGUUUCCACUCUCGAUGCAUGAGCUGGACGGAGGAGGGUGGAAACAGGCGGCGGAAGGCAGUGGCAGUGUGGGAAGUUGAAACCCAACACACGCAGGCGGUGCAAAUGUCGGGAACAGCGUUUUUUUUUUUUUUUACUUUGACCGACAAUCUUCACUACUUCCCGUCUUCCAAUACGAGGAACAGCUCUUCUCCCCGCGCUUCUCUUCGAUUUUCUCUAAACCUUGCCUAACUAAGCUUAAUUAGUAAUUAGUGUGUCCUGUUUCUAGCAUCCAGUUUGGUUUUAUGGUUAUGUGGUCUAAAGAUAAUCUUGUGAUACAAUUAGGGGAAAUCGCCAAAUUAGUAUGGUAUCGGUAUCUCAAUAUCAAAUACCGAAAUAUUGAAUAAAAUGACACUUUUGGUGGUUGAGAAUCGUGUAGUAGUGAACGAGAGAGUCUAGUUGAGAUGAUAAAAUACACACUAGCUUAUAUUUCGGUAUUGGUCGGUAUUUCGGUAUAUACCGGUCCCAAUCCCGUAAUCCAUAAUAACGAAUUACAAUUGAAAUUCAAUCUCAAUCUCAAUCACAAGAAAUAAUACGUGUAUUCAGUAAUACCAAAUAUAAACAAAUUCAGUACGGUAUUCGGUAUAUCCCAAGAUACCGGUACCAAACUUCCUGCCCUAGAUACUAUACAAGGUAUCCUAGAUACAAUACAAGGUAUAGGCUAUGUAUGUUGUAACUUCAAACUUUAAAUAAAAUGGACUUACAUGAAGUAUUUGUAAAUCAUUUGGAUAGCUUCAAGAGGGUUUUGUAGUGAGAGGAGCGGACUUGUGGUUGUGGCUUCAAUCUUCGUAUCAGUGAAACAAUGUCGCUCUUGAUGAAGAGCUUCUUCACUAGCAUCGUUGUGAGAUUAGCAAAAAUGAUCUCCAGAUCUGCAACAGUCGUUCAAAGAAAAGCUUCAACCUAACCUGCCAUCGUCACCAUCUCUUUGUCUCCCUAUCCCGACCCUCAUUGUCGCUUCCAAUCUCUUCAUCUCUGUUUGCUCGGUGGCGGGUGGGGGAGAGAGAGGAAGGAGAUGAUACCUUUACAAAUUCGAUUUGAUCGAGUAGGGUAGAGUAAAUCCCGAACUAAAUAAAAUACUUGGUAUUAUAAGUAAAAUUCAAUCCAAACCCGCCAGAUUAUACAUGCAUAUACUAUGUUGUGUAUAAAUCAUCAAUUUUUUAUUUCAAUAUACUUAUCAUUCCUAG